ACUCUUACCAUAAUUAUCAUUUUUCCCAUUUGUUUCAAAGCUUUCAGCUUGAAUGACUCACUCGUAUAUGAACCCCAACUACACCCCAGUGGCGAGACUCCGUUUUAAUUAGCCCUAGACUCGGCUCGUUUGCUUAAUUCUUCCCCCCUGCAAUUCUGUGAUGUAUUCGGUUCGCAGUUUGUCUUCUCUGUUUAUUAGAAAGGUCUAUGCCAACAAUAUCAGACCGUUUUCCACGACUGCUAAGCGUGGCGGAGGGGAAGAAGAAUGGAAUGACACUUGGGAAUCUGCUUGGCUCCCAGAAGACCUUUCUGCGAAGAACCGAGCUCCAUGGGAAACCGACGUCAAUUUCUCUAUUGAUAGUAACGAUACUAGCAAUUCUUCUUCAGUGAUGCUUUCGCCUGAAGUUGAUGCAGAGACCAAGGCAUUCGUGGAGGACAUGACAGAUAAUUGGGAUCAAAGAAGGAGAAGCCCUAAAUCACAACAAAAGCAGAAAGAAUUCGAGAGUUCGAAUUCACUUUAUAGUUUGGAGAAUGUGAAGAAGGAUUACAGGCUGAAGAAACAGAGGAUUCAUGCUGCGUUAUGGGCGAAAGAGAUUGAUAAGCAGGAAGAAGCCAAGUUGGGAGAUUCUAUGGGGGGAACUGGUGGAGAUGAUAUUGAGAAGCUGCUUGAUAGCUGCUCUGAGAUUUUCGACUUCGCAAACACUGAUCUGAGCAACUCAAAGACACCGGGUUUAAAUGAUAUUAAAAGUAACCCCGAUGGCUGGGAAACAACAUCUAAAGCUCAAGAUGGGAAUAUUUGGGAGAUGUCGCAGAGGGAAGAAGACAUUUUGCUCCAAGAAUUCGAACGCCGGAUUGCGUUCAGUAAAUUCCAGAUAGCAAGUUUUAUCAAAACUCACAUAUUCAGCCGAAGGAGGCCUAUUGAUGGGUGGAAAUACAUGAUAGAGGAACUGGGACCAAAUGCAAAAAAAGGAAGAGGCAGUGUUUCCAGGUUGCCUAGUCUGUCUGAUCCGUCAACCCAACCUUUCAAAGAAGAGAAGGCGCCGAUUUCAGCUGCUAUCCCAUCCCAUAGAGGGAGGUAGUUUUAUACUUCCUAAUGUCAGGGUUUGUUUCUUAUUUCCAAGAGAACAUUUAAUUAUAAUAGAAAUGUAACUGCUUUGGUUGGCGAGUGUGGCCAUUAUCAGCAGAAUUUGAUUUAUCAAAUUAACCUGUAUGUAUAGCUUCCUCCCAUUCUCAUGCUUACAGACUUGUAGCGGCUGCAAAUCCAUAAAGUCGACUGUGUGUUUGGAGAUCUUUAUGCUCAGGAGUUGCUCAUUGCCCCUGGACCAACUGCAAGCGUCUUUUGGUCUUGGAUGUUUGUAAACGAGUAGGUCUGGGUAAAAAGUGAAUGUCCAAGUUAAGCGUGUAACUUAUAUUGUUCUUCUGGUGAAACAAACAUAACUUGGUCUACAUGCUAAACUCCUGUAUAGCUGUGAACUUAGAGUGUUCGAAUAAUUGCUAUCUGCACUUUUUGUCGGUGCUUUAUACAUAUUUGAUUUUAUAUUCUUCA